ACCCUGUACACAAAGUUGAGCUAAAACUGAUAGCACUUUUAAUUUUUAACUAUGUCUUGAUUGAUAUUCGUUUAAAAUCAUUGAAAUUUUCAACAAUCACGCAGUUGUGAACGAAAUCAGAGCGAAGAGAAAACGAGACACAUCGUUGACAAAAACAUUGGAAUUACUACAAACAUGGAUUUCUACAAAAGUUCCCACGCUUAUGGACCUGAUUUGCAAUGUCUGACUCAGACAUUGAUGUAAACCAAGGACUUCAGGUCGUCCAGGUUUCAUUAUCAAAUCCGUCCCAUUCAGUGAUUCAGCAAAAUCAACAAAUUAUUCACACAAGUCAGGGUUCAGUGAUUCAGACAGCUGGAUCAAACGUUCCUACAAUACAGGUCGUACGGGUGGCACACAUUGACGAAGAUUUAUCAGACCAUUCGGAAGGAAGGAAGAGAAGAGAGAUUCUGUCCAGAAGGCCAUCCUACAGGAAAAUCUUUAACGAGCUGUCCUCCCCUGUGUCUGUAACGAAGAUAGAGGAGGAGUCAAACGACAGUAGUCAGGACGGAGAGUCCCAGGACAGUACGGGUCUGGCCGCUGCCAUACAGUACGGGAACGCUACAGUGUUGCCAUCCGGAGCCAUCCAGAUCAGCGUGAGUGCCGACGGGACCCCAAUAGCCCAGGGCCUGCAAACCCUCACGAUGACCAAUGCCAACCAAUCGUCCAGUGGGCAAACCACUGGCCCAACCAUCGUACAGUAUGCACAAGGCCCUGACGGCCAGCAGUUCUAUAUCCCAGGUAUAGACCUCUCCCUGUGGGACGCCCGAGAAAUGGGAAGCACAGGAACGAUGCAGGCGUACCAGAUAGCCAAUACCGGCACACUGCAAGGUGGGGUUGUCAUGGCAACUUCAUCAGGCCUCGGUCGGGAUGCUGGUAGUGAGGAGGCAGCGCGGAAACGGGAACUCAGGCUUCUUAAAAAUAGGGAAGCUGCAAAGGAGUGUCGUCGAAAGAAAAAGGACUACGUGAAGUGUCUGGAAAACCGUGUUGCAGUAUUAGAAAAUCAAAAUAAGACUCUUAUUGAAGAACUGAAGGCUCUUAAAGAACUCUACUGCCAAACUGAAGUGUAAUGCAAAGGGGGACAACUGUGCUCAUGUUUUAUGUGAUAAGGGAGGUAAUCUGUGUAUGUGUUCAAGAAACAAUGUUAUUUUUGUUUCUGUCUGCUGUAACAUGACAGUGUUGACUGUGCAAGUGUAGUUGUUUGAGUUGGAGGGACAUGUAAGUAUUUCUGAGCCUGUCUGAAGAGUGGAGUGUGGUCUACCAGAAAUGUUUGAAUUGUCCUGAUUACAGGUCAAUUAUAUAAAGCAUGAUUUCUGAUAUAGACUGUAAAAAGAUGUGUUUUUUAAAGAUAAUAAAUGAAUGUUUCCACAAUUAUAACAAUACUUGUGAAAGCUAUCUGCAUUAUUUUUUAAUACAAAAGUUUAUUUUAUUGAUUUUUAUUCAAAUUACUGGAAAUGCAUAUGUGGCUUAAAUAACAGGUGUUAAAUUUAUUUGUUAAAAUUAACUUCUUUGUAAGAGUUAUGUUUCUGUUAUUAUGUUAAGUUGUGAAAGGUAAGCUCUUUUUUAAUAGAUUUGAAUUGUUCCUCUUGUUUAUUUGUUGAUGUUUUUCAUGUCAAAAACUCUUCAGAGUAAGUCACAAGGAACAACAUUUUAAUGACUUAAAAACAAGAAUAUUUCAUAUACUUGUAUGUAUAUAUAUUUAAUUGUAUAAAUGUCAUAAAAAGACCAAUCUUGUAGGCACUUGCUUGUAAAAAUGUAAAAGGGCUGCCAGAGACAUGCUUGCAAAACAGACCCAAUUCCAAAACAAAAGGGUCAAUCCCAAAUUAUUUUUUCUUCAUUGGUCAGUUAUAAUUUGUAUUAGAAUUUUUAUUUAAACUGAAUUUCUCAAAGGAAGUCGGUCCUGUAAAGUUUGAAGGUGUUUCAGCUUGUCUUAAACAAGUGUCUGUAAGACAUUCUACAUAAAGAAAUCAAUAAACAAUAUGUCAAAAUCUACAAAUUGGCGUGUUACUGUCAACUGUUACCUUGAAUGUGCUAUAUAUGUAAGCUUUACAAUUGGAAGUCCUUACAUUGAGAUCAGAAGACAGCAUUAACAUUGUGUUUGUUUGUUAAUUUGUUUCUGCAGUUCGAAAUUAAACACGCUAAUGAAUUUUAUUUCUCUUUAAGCACUUUAAUUGCAUGUUUUGUAUGGAAAUAUGAACAUUUUAAUGCGCCUUUGUUUUUCAUGCUAUACCGAAUCCUUCCAACUCAUAAAAUUCAUAAAUUUAUAAUGUAUUAGUCAUAUUUUACAUUGGAUUACAUAAGCAAUGUUAUUGCUUACAUAAUUGUGACAUAUCCAACUAAACCAUCUUGUUGAAUUUCAACUUGCCAGAGAGUAAAAAUCAAAACAUUUUCAUGCUGGCUUGUUAAUUAUUGCAGGCUUAAUUUUGGUGAAUAUAAUUUGUCUCCACACUUUUAUAUACUUGUAUGGCGUUGUGUUUUGUGGUUUAUAUUAUACAUAUAAGCAUUUAAAUUGUUUAAGGGUUAUACAACUCAAAUGUAUAAAUUUUUAGCCAUAAACUGUUUCUUUGUCCAAUAAAACAUUAUUUGCUGCCAUCUGGUACAUCUAUCUUUUAUCAGAAAACAUGAUUUUUUUAAUAUUUAUAUUUAACAACAUACAACAUUAAUUUAAAAUAUAAAAUUUCAUUAAAUUUGCAUUGCCUGUUACUGUUAUUACAUCUAAUGUAAUAAGUACAGAUUCUAAAAAACUGAUUCAUUCAACUAAAAUGCCCAACAGUAUUGAAUUACAUAAAUAGCCUGCAUUUAAGUGCUUCCUAAAAAACACUCGCACGCAAAACCAAACUAGGGUCAUAUUUGUAUUUCCUUUGCAUGCAGGACAAAAAUUGUAAUUAUAAUAUAUGUGUUCCUAUUUACUUAAAUUAUCAAGUAAGUUUAUAAUCAUAUAUCCCAUGUCAGGUUUAUCAUAUAUCCCAUGUUGGGUUUAUCGUAUAUCCCAUGUCAGAUUUAUCAUAUAUCCCAUGUCGGGUGUAUCAUAUAUCCCAUGUCUGGUUUAAUAUAUAUCCCAUGACGGGUUUAUCAUAUAUCCCAUGACGGGUUUAUCAUAUAUCCCAUGUCGGAUUAAUCAUAUAUCCCAUGUCGGAUUAAUCAUAUAUCCCAUGACGGGUUUAUCAUAUAUCCCAUGACGGGUUUAUCAUAUAUCCCUUGUCGGAUUUAUCAUAUAUCCCAUGUCGGGUUUAUCAUAUAUCCCAUGAAGGGUUUAUCAUAUAUCCCAUGUCGGGUUUAUCAUGUAUCCCAUGUCGGGUUUAUCAUAUAUCCCAUGUGGGGUUUGUCAUAUAUCCCAUGUCAUGUUGCUUAUAUAUCCUAUGUUGGGUAUAUGAUGACAAUCUAUGCUUCUAAAAUUAAGAUAUGAUAUCUACAGUUGAUUAAAAAGCAAGUGCUUCAAUUUAAAUUUACAAUGUUAACGUGUCAUACUUCAUUCCUAACGUUUCUUUUGCUUGGAACCAUACAAGGAAUGCCAUUUUCUGUUUUAAUACCUAUGUUGUUGUUUAUUUUUGUACCUUCGUAUUUGAUAUAUUGUAGCAGUUGCAUUAUGGAAAUAAUGUUAUUGUGAUUUACAGUAUGCCUAAUUUUAUUGUUCUUUGAAUGUACAGAUUUUAUUCUGCAAUAUUACAAUUGUGUCAACAUUCAAA